AUGAGCGACCGGUCGUCCCUUCCCGACGAAGCAACUCGUAACGCGGAGGACAUGAUGAACAUGCGAGGGGACAAUGAUACUAAUCCUGUGAGCGCGCUGUCCGCGAUGGACGUGGAGGAGGGCGACGCGGACGACGAGCUUCUUCUAGUAGAGUCUGAAGACGCGGCGCUGCUGCCAGGACAGCUCGACGGCGUCGACGGCGACGUUGACGUCGGAGACCCUUCCAAGUCCCCUUCGCAGGGAUACUUACGAGAAAGCUGCUUAAGCGGAAGUCCAAGCCCGCAGAAGACCUCUAAUGCUGCGGCUGCUGCUGAUACUACUGACUCCAGAAGUCCGCGUCGUGCGGCGAGGCAACGGCUUGCUCUGCUGAAGCGGCGGAUACCGCGCGACGGAUACAUGUGGCUCAAGUAUGGCCAGAAGCAGCUCACGGGCGGCACUCACGGCAGGCACUACUAUCGCUGUAGUCACUUUCGCCAACCAACCGAGUGUCGCGCGCGGCGCGUGGUCGAUUUUCACAAGCACGACUCCAAGUAUCCGCUCCGAAUCUCCUUCUUCGGCGAACACAACCAUCCGCCGCCGCUUCACCGCCCGCCGCAACCGCUCGCAGCACCGCCGCAGAACCCUUCCGCCGCCGCUGCUGCGCAGCCGGCUUCCGCAGGCGCGACCGUCGCGCAGGCGUCUUCCGCCGGCGCAUCCGCCCCCAGAAGCAGCCUCCACCCCGCGGAUCGCCUCAGGCUCUCCCUGCCCGAUGACGUCAUCUUAUCCUCGCUGGCAGGCGGAGCUUCCGCCGCAUCUGCUGGCGGAGGCGGAAGUGGGGCGCAAGCUGCUGCUACUGGGUUUCAGCCUGGAGGCGGAAGCGGAGGGGGAGAGGGGGGGAAUCAGGCGGGGAUUCCCGCAGGCCUCGGGGGAAGGCUGCCUUACAGUCUAGCGGAACUUAAGGUCCUCGCGGUCGUUCUCCGCGAAGCCGCCGCCGCGUCCUCCGCUGCGGGCAAUGCAAACGCGCCAGUGGAAGGCUCGUCGAGCGGCAGAGCUAACGCCGCCGCCGCCGCCAACGCCGCCGCUACCAACGCCGCCGCCACUGCCGCCACCUAUCAAAGGGUGCUCUUUAACGAGCGCGGCGCUUGUGCGUCAAGCGUUGGCGGUAGCAGCGGUGGCGGCAGCAUCGGCGGUAGCAGCAGGGCGGUCGCAGCAGAGCGGGAGCAUCAGCUUCUGGAAUCGCUAGUCAACUCGCUGACGUCUCCUGUGGCGUCACCGGGUUCCGGAAAUGCCUCCCUCACCCGCCGCCCCUCGUCUGCUCCCUCCCCUCGGGAUCUCCACUCCCCCAUGCACAUCGGCCCUCUGCUCUCCCCCGCAUCAGCCGUUGCUGCGGCGUACCCUCACUGCGCCUCCUACCCGUCGUACCGCUCGUCUGCUGCCACGUCACCGUCCAGCAUGACGUCAGCCUCUGGGUCAACGCAGUUCUCUCCGCAUGCGACAGGGCCCACGGUGCACACAAGAACACGCUUUGGCGUACCAUCCGCCUCCCCUGGCGCAGGUGCUCCUUCCGCCACUGCAGGGCCCUCCGCGCAGAGCCAGCAGCAGCUGACGGCGGCAGCCAUUCUCGCGCACCUGCUGGCCGCGCAGUCGCGCCAAAGCGCCUCCCCGAGAACCCCUAACCCCGUGCAUGAAGCACACGGGGCAGCACCAGCACCGCGGCAAGUGCGUGAAACACAAGGGGCGGCACCAGCACCGCGCUUUGUCCAUGAGGCGCAAGGGGGAAUGCACCAGCCGCACGCGGCUAUACAGCAGCCUUUCAAUGCGGUUCAGGGCGGUUUGGUCUCCCCUCCCCACCCCGCCCUUUCCUGCCCGCCAGAGGGCCGAAUCCCCGCCCCUCCGCCACUGUUCAUCCCCCGCCCUGCCUCCUCUCCGGCCGAAUAUAUCUCUGCCUCUGCUGCCAUCUCCUCGCCACGUGGCACGAGUGCGAACUGCCAACACUACCGCGAGCCGUCCUUCUCGGAGUUCCUGCGCCUGCCUGACAUGAGUGCCAUUCAGGCCAGCCGUGCUGCCUGGCUCUCCGGCCAUGCUCGCAGCAGUAGUGGCGGCUGUGGGGGGCAGCAGCAGCAGCAGCAGCAGAACCAGAACCAGAACCAGAACCAGCACCAGAACCAGCAGCAGCAGCAGCAGCAGCAGCAGCAGCAGCAGCAGCAGCAGCAGCAGCAGCAGCAGCAGCAGCAGCCUGCCAGCACCUCACGACGUUCCCACGCGCGUACGUUGACUCCCAUGGCUGACGUGAGCAGGGUUGGAUUUGGAAGUGCGACUUUUCAGCUCUCUGACUCCAGUGUAAUCGGCGCCAGUGCGAGCGCAGAAGCAGCCUUUUCCCAGCUUCAGAGACAGCUGCAGGAACAGGCUAAAACUGGCAAUUUGUUUGCUUUCAGUAAUGGAUCGGCUUCAGCAGCAGCGACUGGAGUGAGCAUGCAGCAGCGCACUGCCACAAUUGUGAGCCCCUUUUUGGUGCCUGAGGAGGAUUCAGGGAAAGAACGGGACGCUGCUGGGGCUGGGGUGGGCAGUGUGUUUGUGCAGCAAGCAAGAGAAGCCCUGGUGGACCAAGGAGCGGGAACUGCAGCAGCAGCAGCACUGACCAGCUUGUUGCAGCAGGGUGAUUUGUCGAAGCUCAUUGAGGCGCUAUCGCAUGUCAAGGCGAGUGAUGAGCAGGGCAGCGGGGAUCCAUGGAUGGGCUCUGGAAGAAAACAAACUUGGUCAGCUGAUGCAGGCUCAGGACCUGCUUUCUUUUCAAUGGAGGCAAGCAGGGCAAAUGUGGCAGGAUCGAGUUGUUUCUUUAACAACCAGAUUGGCACUCACGCGGCAGAUACAGUAACAGGUGGGGAGGGAAACUUUCGGUUUGCAUCUUCAGACCUGCCGACUGUCUUUCAGCACAGCCCUGAUGCGCUGCAGAAACAGAUACAGGAUGCCAUGGAUCAGCAGGAUUUGGAUGCUGCCAUGCUUGCUGCUGUUACUGCGGGAACCGUAGGCGCAUCUACAGGUGCAGGUUCUGCUGGGGAGAUUACCAUGGGCGAGAAUGCGUGUAGUUUUUACGGCAGGGGCCAAGCAGCGACUCUUUCACAAUCAGAUGGAUUUCGAUGCGAUGUUGACAGCAGGCAGCAGCAGCAGCAGCAACAUACGCCUUGUGAGGAGCAGAAUGGAGGCGGUGAGAAUGCGCUGGCGAUGAUGGCGUUGCUGAGAACCUUGACCGACCCAGAUGACCACAUGACACUCGAUGGGUGA